GUCAUUCGUGAUUUUCUGUGCUGAAAAAUGACGCAUGUUAAGCGUGACGCGUCGCAGCUGACAUGUGUUUGUUGUUGUCAUUUACGAUUUUCUGUGACGAAAUUGACACAUGCCAAGCGUGACGUCACAACUCCAAUAUCGACCAAUCACGGAGUAGGAAGGCCCUUCCCCCUUACUCCCUGACCAAUGCGCAUGUGUCAACAACAGGCUAGUUCCGAUUUCGACCGCUUUAUGGGGUUCUGCGAGUAUUCCGUGGCGCUCGCUCCGCAGUAGAGUGUAAACAGCAAUCCCCCACAACAGGCCCGUCUAACAGCGUGGCGUGGCGUCGUAUUGGGCUGUCAGACGUACGCCUCAGUUUUGAGAGAGUCGCAUUACUAGAAAUAUAGUAGUUGAGUUAGGCGAGCCUAGAAAAGCCCGUGUGAUAUUUUUCAAUAAUCGUGAAAUACGUAAGUGCAAGUGAAACUCAGAAAAAUGGCUUUACGGCCCGACCGAACUUUCCUCGUGUACCCGAGUGCCUGUAGUAAGAAAAAUUUCGUUUAUAACCGGAACACCACGGAUCCCUACAACGGCGCACGCGUCCGCCAUGAUGAAAUGCUGCACGACACGCUGAUCAAACUCUUCCAGGAACACUGUCGCGGCCGAGCCAGUAGGAUAAAGAAGUUCCUUCGAGAGUUCGACGACGAGCCGAAAGCCAUAUUCAAGCUCAUCCUGAAGAAGAGGCCUCGCCUCGGCAAAAUACUCUCGCAGAGAGACAAGCUGUCGCUCCUGUGGAUUACGGUGCUCAGCUGCUAUCAGAAAUCGGCCGAACUGCUCGUGCGCUCCGGGGCCAAUGUCAACGAGCUCUGCAAUCCUCCGCUGGACGCAUACGUCGACGAUAAGACGCCUAUAAUCAACGUAUUGCUGCAGAUGUUUCCCUCCGAGUGGAACGAGCGAUUCGCCGCUCUGGUGAUCAAUGCAGGCGUCGACUUGCAAAAUAGGGACGACAAGGGCCAGACCGUCCUGCACUUGGCGAUAAACCGUGGUCAAUUAGAGCUGAUCAAACUGAUGCUGGAAAAGGGAGUGGACGUCAACGCCAGGGACAACACAGGCGCGACACCGUUGCUCGCGGCAUGCUCUCACAAAAAAGCAGACGAGAUGGUGCCGCUGUUGGUGAGAUACGGAGCCGACGUUAUGGCCAGAGACAUGCCCAAGCAGGAGAACGUCUUGCACCGUCUGGCAUUCGCCCGUGACACGGAGCACGUCGAGUUGGCCAGAUUCUUCAUAGAGCAGAGUGUUUCUCUCGAGGACCGAGAGAUGUUUGAGGAUUACCAACCGAUACACGUCGCCGCCCUCCAAGGCAAGAACGAGCUGCUGAAGCUCUUCUUGGACCACGGCUCAAACGUGAACGCCCUGGCGAAGAAUAAUGUGACCCCGCUGUACUUGGCCGCUGGCUCCGUCAACCCGGUGGUACUGCUGACUCUACUCAAGCGCGGUGCAAACAUUGAUGCGAGAAAAACAAUUGAUUAUGGCGGUAUUGAUUUAGUCUAUGGUUCCACCGCAUUGCAUAACGCUUGUAAUAGCUUCUUCUACGAUGGUGGGCAGAACUUCAAAAUUCUCGUUUCCGCCGGGGCGAAUAUAAGCGUUACGGACCAUGCGGGUCGCACCCCUUACGCUAUGAUAGAUCGACUACCUGCCGAUAACCAUAACGGAGAUUAUCGGAUUAGACGUAUCAGGCUGCCCAUACAGUGGAACCCCAAUGUGGAUGUAAUGCUCAGGAUGCUGGCCAUCAAGAAGUCGACCAUCCAGCCGCCCAACAACUUAUUAGACGAAACACGCAUUCAGAAGUCUCCCAGUCGAUGGGCCUAUUAUCAAAGCUGUCUUGAACAAAUCGAGAGAUUGAAAGCCAGGAGAUUAUUCAGGUCCUUCACGUUGUUCGACCUAUUGACCAAGUGCCACUGCCGAACAGCCGCGCAAAUGUGGAACGUCGAAUUCAAGAGGGAAUUCGAGCAGUGCGACCUCAGCCCUUUUCCCAACUUCGCCGACGACUUGCGCGAAGUUUUCGCGAACGCGGAAUGUCGCCAUCAGUCUAUGGUACAACAAGAGGAAAUGAUCGAGGAGGCUGCGUAUGAUACGUUGCCUCACCCGAUUGUGAGGGGAGUCGUUAAUUACUAUGCAUGCGAAGACUGUGAUAUUAGAAAAAUUGUGCAAGCCUCUCGUCGAGAUAAUCAAGGGUUACCUAGAAAUCUAUUCGAUAGAAUGUUUGCAAAUAAUUAAGUAUACAUAAGCUGUUGUGUACAAAUAAGUAAAAGCAUACAUUUUUAGAUAAAGUUUUUAUUCAUAUUAAGAAUUAUAGUGUAUUAUGUAUAAAUUACAUAUUGAAUGUAACUAUGAUUGAAUUGUAUAUCUAUAGAAUAUUUAUAUAUUAUAAGCUUGCGUUCGCUAAAACGUAAAUUAAUUAAUUUUUAUACGAUCUUGGCAAUAAAAAACUACUUUAGAUACUCUAACGGCUACGUAUAAUAGGGAACAGACAUGAUUUUUAAAACCUUUUUUAAAAUAAAGUUAAGAAUAAAUCUUACACAAAAGUACAAAAGCUACGAUUUUUACUACAAUAUUUGUUAAGUAAUAUGGUUUUGAAAAUUUGGUUUGCUAAUGAUACGUUUAAAUGAUUGAGAGCUCACGUGAUCAAAAUGGCGGCGCGAAGGAUGAAAAAAAAAAAUAUAUAUAUAUAGAUGUAUAAACGCAUGUAAAUUUUAAUACAUAAAAUAACCUUAUUGUUUUCUCAAAAAUCAUAAUAGAAUUAAGAAAUAAUGCUUGAAAAUCAAAAUAGAUUCAUGAUGACUGUAAUUCAUGUACUCAAAUGUCCGUACGUUAGGUUAGGUCUUUAUGCUUUGAGCCGCCAUAUUGGAGAUCUGCCGUUUUAAAAAUUACUCAAACAUAUGAAUUUUUAGUUAAUAAUAUUAGGAUCUAGAGGUACUACAUCAGCAAAAAAUUGAUAAAUAACGUAUUCUUAUGCUAUUUUCUACUAUAUAUAAGUAUUUAUAUGUAUAUAGCAAAACCAUGUCUGUUCCCUAUUCAGACCAUCCCGAAGAAAGUCAACCAAAUCAUUAAAAAACCUAAUAAUAAAAAAACUUUUGCGUACAAUGAACUUUCAUCCGCCUCCAGUACCAAGCAACGUCCCACUCGUCCAUCGCGCAGAACAAAAGCCGAAAAAAAACAAUAUAACCAGCGUCUCUCUACUGUAUAUGUAUAUAUCUAUACUCCCGUUUAUGUAACUUAUUUUUAUAACUAACUUAAUAGUAUUUUUAAAAAUCGUGCGAAAAAGCGUCUCUCCCUGGCAGAACAGAUGCGUUAUAUACGCGGUUGCAUAACGCGAUGGUUUUAAAAAAGGAAUCGAGCCCCUGCGAGCACGAACGUUUGUUUCAGGGUCGAGGAGAUUCUGGCAAUGAUUUUUUUUUUUAUAUAGUUUCUGGUAUAUUAUUCUGUACAUUUUUAAUUGUAAAAUAAAGCGAAUUUUCCGUUCAAGGCACUUUUUUUCCUCGACAUCGCGGAAGUGUACAGCGAAGAAAAGCGGAUGUAAGAAGUCGUCGAUGUCGAGCUGGUGCGAGGAAUGCUCGACUUUUUUUCUAUACAGUCACGAGAACGUCGCUGUAUUAUUUCACGAAAAGCUUCGAAACUUGGCGAUAAAAAAAUCGUCGCGAGUCUCCGAUGACGUUCGAGAAAAACAAACAAAGCUGCGGCAAACUUAAAAAAAAUCACGGUAUAGAGUCGCGGCCCUGCUGAUUGACGCGCGUGACACCCGCGCGAGCGUCGGAUGAUAAAUCGAGUCGAGAGUAUAUCCCCCCCCCCCUUGGCUGAAGUGUAUCAAAGAAUUCGAGAAGAAUUGGCAGCUAUUCUCUAGGCUGAGAAUCUCGAGAUUAUAUUCUGCCAGGGAUUCGGCUGCGCUAGGAAAAACAAAUAUAUCUUCUUUUGUUCUUGCGUGAAGGAUAUGGUUGCGGUUAAAAGAAUUUCUUUUGUGUAAUUGAUAAAUUUUAAUAAUAAAAAAGGUUCAACAAA